UGCCUCGGCAACAGCCAACCUAGAAGUCAGGAAGGCGGGAGUUCCGGUUGCCGUUGCUGUGUGUGUGGUGGUUACUGCUCUCCGAAUGGGAGAGAAGAAUUGUAUUUUGUCUCCUCUCCACUGGUUUUGCGAUAGAAGAGUCGUAAACUGCAGUGAAGAGAGUGACAAUUAAACGACAUUUCCUUGUUAUUCUCCUUCUCAACCAGCAGUACAUUUGAGUCGCAAACAGAAAACGAAAUUGAAAAACAGCAACCAAGCGAUUUUUGUUGUAUCACCAAGUAGAAGAAAAACAUAUCAGGCAGAACUUCAAAUUUACGUUUUAUAGUCCGACAUUUUUAAUUUAAGAUUUAUUUAGAACAUAUUUGGAACCCGCACCUAUCCUACUCUAUCCUUUUUUUUUUUUUUUUUUUUUUUUUUUUUGAAAAGCUACCGGUUGAAUUCCUGCCGUCGCUGAGGGAUAAAAAUCUGAAGCGAGGCGGCCCACACAGUCAGGACAGUGCCUGUGUGCAGUCGACAGCUUACUUGGUGACUAACAGACUUCUCCCUGAGGAGCCAGAAAGUAGACGGCUCAUGACUUCUGACCAGGAUACAAAAGUUGUAGCUGAACCGCAGGUGCAGCAAGUACAAGAAGCAAAAGACAGUUCUCAUCUGGAAUCUGCCAAGGUUUCUGACCUUAACCCAAAUGCAAAAGUAUGGGCAAAUCACAUGCUAAACUUGGAAUCGACUGGGGCCACCGAUAGCAGUGUUCACAAAACCUGGAAACAAACUUCACACAAAUCAGCUGAAACUUGUCCAGAAGGUUAUGAGGCCAACAGUGAUAAAGAGGAGCUGUAUCAGGAGGCUUUGUUAUCUGAACCCCAGGAGCCUCCAACAGCAUUAACAGAGCAAGCAGACAUGAACGCUGCUGUCAUUCUGGAGUGCCCAGACUCUGUUUAUACAGAGUUUGAUUCUAUUCAGGAAUCCAGUCAAACAGGAGGAAAUGAUCCACCUCGGUCCGAGAGUCAGGAGGACCUUCGGGAACAUCUGAAAAGGACUCUUGAGUUCUGCUUAUCUCGUGAAAACCUUGCCAGCGACAUGUACCUAAUAUCUCAGAUGGACAGUGACCAGUAUGUGCCAAUAAUGACAGUAGCGAACCUUGAUCAUAUAAAGAAACUCAGCACUGAUAUGGAUUUGAUCGUCGACAUCUUAAGGACUUUGCCUUUAGUUCAAGUGGAUGAAAAGGGGGAGAAAGUCAGGCCAAACCAGAAUCGCUGCAUUGUCAUUUUGCGAGAAGUUCCAGAGUCAACCCCAAUUGAGGAGGUGGAAGCUCUGUUUAAAGGAGAAAACCUACCCAAAUUCAUCAAUUGUGAGUUUGCUUACAAUGAUAACUGGUUUAUCACCUUUGAAUCUGAAGCUGAUGCACAACAGGCCUAUAGGUACCUUCGAGAAGAGGUGAAAACUUUUCAAGGAAAACCCAUCAAGGCAAGAAUUAAAGCAAAGGCGAUAGCCAUCAACACGUUUUUGCCAAAGAAUGGCUACAGACCAGUGGAUGUGAACCUCUAUGCUCAACAGCGCUACACAACAUCAUUUUACAUACCUCCUGUGUACAGCCCACAGCAACACUUUCCACUAUAUAGCUUAAUUACUCCACAGACCUGGUCAACAUCACACAGUUUCCUUGAUCCAGCAUUGGUAUCGCCGUUUUCCAAUACUGGAUUUAUAAAUGGGUUUACUACAUCUCCUGGCUUUAAACCUGCUUCAUCUCCACUAACCGUCAGACCGUACUCCCCUAGAAAUAGGAAUCACAGUAAACCUCACUUGCGACCUACAGUACCUAAUGUAGACCGUGGACCAGGACUUCUUGACAGCCCGACUAUAUUUCACUUCCCCACUGAUCGACUGCUGAAUGGUGUUCGCAGCCCUCCGACACGGCCGGUUGGACAGAGCAGACCGCGGUUACAGAGCAGCAUGGGCUACAAAAGAGACAUAGGGACUGGGAGAGUGGAGCCAAGCAAUGCAGACUGUUCAUCUAGUAUGGGAAGGGGAAGGAAAAAUGUCUAUGGAUAUAGGAAGAAAAGGGAAGACAAGUUUACAAGGGCACCAACACAGUCUCCUCCACCUCCCAAACCCCCUUCCCCUAGCUUCGAGCUGGGGCUGUCCAGCUUCCCUCCUUUGCCUGGAGCUGCAGGUCAUCUGAAGACUGAGGAGGCAUUUGAGAGCAGACUGUCUAGUAUUGUAAUAGGAUCUUCUAAAGACAAGAAUGUAAAUGCAGAUGCCAGUCCCAAAACUAUCCCUUCAGGAAUCCCUCAAGAGCCGUCACGGCCUAUUACUUCUGCACUGCCAGUGAGCUUUGCGGGCCCUCCUUCACCACCCCAAUCUCCAGACGAGGUGAAGGUCCAAGAUGCAAAUCCGAGAGAGACACACCCUCCCCUUGAACGGCUAACUGCUGCUCUUACCACUGCAAGUAAAUCGGUUCAGGUGAAUGGUACUGCUACAGAGCGUCGAAAGCCUAGUUAUGCAGAAAUUUGCCAGAGGACAGCGAAAGACACUCCAACACUACAGCCUCCUAAAGAAGCGAAGCCAAACAAUUCCAUCAUCGCCAAUGAAGACAAAAAAGCACCCGAAACCACAGGAGAGAAAAUUGAGUCUAAACUCAGAGACACUCUCCCAGCUAAGGCAGUCCCCGGUCGACCAAGAGAAGCAAGGAAACAGUCGGGGUGUCGGCCACCACCACCACCACUAAUCCAGGGGGCUGGAAAACACCCUAGUAAAGAUCUCUGCACGCCUCCCAAAUCUCCCUAGUAAACACUGAGGUUUAGGAGGCUGAAAAGAGGCUGGGCUUUUUGGAUGUUUAUCCCAGAGUCACCAAUCACAAGCAUAGAGGAUGAAUUGCUGGUACAGGGCUUGCAGACAGAAGCAGUUUUUGAAUGUGGAGCGUAUUGUGUUUUUUUUUUUUUUUCCCCCUGUUUUAUUUUAGUGUCAACCAGAUCUAGCUCGUUUUGUAGAUGGCUUUGGAAAUGACUAAUCCGUCAAAAAGGCACUUGAAUGAUGACAUAAGGUUUAGUUUGUAGCCAGAUGAAUAUCGACUUUUAGAAACGGUUAAUAAUUAUUUAUUACUUUAUCUGGAUGUCAUGAUAUGAAAGUGAACUAAAAACAGAUUGGAUCCAAUGUUGGUUGAUGCAGUGCUCGACUUAUGUGAUUUUUGUUUUCUUUUUAUUGCUAUAUUUAGUCUUCUAAUGUUUUGUGUAAGCAACUAGGGGGUAAUGAAUUACCAUACUUGUCAGGUUAUCUGUGUUGAAUUGCUUUAAGUUGCGAGGUGGAAUGUUAGAUAUUUUGGCUAAUGAGAUUGAAGUAUUGAGUAACCUGAAAGUUAAGUUUUUCACCAAGUGAUUUAAGAGUUCUUUGAGCAGCACAAGUAAAAAAAGUUGCCAACAAGUUUUCUGUUUUAACACCAGCCUUUUUUAAUAUAUAAUUACAAGCAUAGUGGUGUUAUAGCUGGAAUAAACGCUGUCCUUUUGGUUCUUUUAGCCUCUAUGCAUGGUUUAUUGUUGAGCACCUUACUUGGUAGAUUCCUUUUUUGUUUAGUUUUUGCUGAAGAAUGCAAGCAAGUACCUGUCUGCUUAGUCCCAAAGUAACUAGUUAUAACUAAUACAAAGCACACAAUGGCAGUACUGCCACACAGAGAGGUUAUAACCAGAGGCAGUAGAAAUCCACUUACGGCACACAGAGAUGUAUCAAAUGGACUCAGAUGUGCCUGUGGAUUUAUAACAAAAACAAUGUGACUUUUUAUUUGCCUGCUGUGCCUGUAUACAUCGCUUGCUGAUUGUAAUAGUCUUAACACAUUGGCAUCUUUGAUUGGCAGGCAUGGAUUCUGUAGGCAGCAAUACGUACUGUAUGAAGUUAGCAUGUACUGUUCUGUUCUGUCCGGUGUCCUAUAAAACACUAAAGGAGGGAUUUUUUAUUUUCUUUCUUGAAUCCAGUUGAAUUCUGUUAUCUGGUUCAGAACCUAGCUUUUUAUUGCAAGCAUUGUUUUUGUUUUUUAAAAUAUUAAUUUUACCCUGCAACGUGUAGAAAUAUAUAUUUGGGUAUAUUACCUAUAUCUUUGCUUUGAAAACAGGAUUUUCUUUUCUCUUAGCCAGAUAACAGUAUUAUAUUAAUUUGGAUAUAUAUAUAUAUAUUUUUUUCCCCCUGUAGAUUUCUACUGACUCGUCAUAACAAUGUAACCAGUUACCCUCUGUGCUCUAAAUUGUGUGACUAAAACAAAACCCUGCUCUCUGGACCUUGUGCCAAGUGCUCUUCUAAAGAGCUCUGCUCCUCUUAAUUCAACUUGUUAUUGUUGUUGAUGUCUUCCUUCCUGCAACAAGGAGCAUCUUGGAAUACUUGAGUGUGUGAACGAGGAUUACUUUUAAAACCCUGCAAAACAGGACCCAGAUAAGUGAGCUGUGACGGCAAUAGGGCUCGGUUUAUUUAUUUAGUUUGUUUUUUUCUUUUUUUUACACUUUUGAUGAUGAGAUUUCCUUUGUUUUAAAAUAGUGUAAUUAAAAUAAUUUAGAAUUCUGAAGGACUGGAAUGCACUGUUUGUCAGUGUUUAAAUCCAGAUGAUUUUUACUUUUAUUUAACACUUAAAACAAUGUGGUUUUUUUUCCCAUUUGGAUAGUCAGUGCAAAGAAGAUGCACCAUGCAUGCUUAUUGACACACCAAUGCAGUUUAUUCCAUACAAAGGUAUUUAAACAACUGAACAUUUUCUUUCUUUAAGAAAUUCCAUCCAGUGUUUGAAAACUUGAAUAUUAUUUAAACUUGAAAAUGACUUUGCCUUAACUUUUAUAUAAGACAGCUUAGAGUUUAUUGCUUUUCAACCCCCAAAGGGUUACCAAGAGUGGCACAGCAUUACCAAGUAAUAUCUACUGUCACUGAUCUUACUUGGUAAAACAAACACAAAAUCACAAACUAGCAUCAGAUCACAUUUUGUAAUAUAUUAGAGCUCUUAUAAGUUAUAUCUUUUUUUUUCAGUUUGUUGAAGAAAAAAAUCCUGUAAAUGCAAGUAGUUGAUACUGUAUUAAAUAUGUGCACUUGGAAGUAUGUGCUUUGAUUGUACAGUUGUAAAUAAUCAGAACAUAUAAAGAGGUACCUUUAAAAAAAAAAAAAAUACAAAAAUACAAAAAUAUUGAUCUUGAAAUAUUAAUGUUGCUGUUGAGCUGGAUGUAGAUGAAACUAAAUGUGUUUUUUUUUUUUGUUUUUUUUUUUGUUUUGUUUUUUUCCCCUGGUGUGCUGGAUUGAAUCUGUCUUCUUGGGAGACAAAAUGUGGAGAAAGAACUCUGACUGUAAUACUUAAAUGCACAGUCUCAUUCCAUUCCCCUUCUUGUGAGUAAGCAGUCUGGUUUAUGAUAAUGGUUGGUUAUUAAGUGUCAAAGUAGCAAAAUAAGCCCUUUUAUUGUGUAAACCAUUUUGGUGACAGACAGACGUGUAACACAUUUGUAGAAUUAAUUAUCCAGUUCCUAUUUACAGAUAUUUUUUUAAGGCUAUAUAUAAGGUGCUGUGCUCAAUUCAAACCAAAGUGGCAUUUGGUACACACUGCCUGAUGGAUCAGAAAAGCACAUUUACCAUCAGAAAUUUGAAAACUUAACUAAUUAUAACCAAAAUCAUUCAGUUUCAGUCUUAACACAGAAUUUACAGGGCAAAGACCUUUAAACUUAAAGUGAAGAAAAAUGCCUUUUUAUUUUUGUAUAUUAACAAACUGUCAAUUAACUUCCACUCAUAAAUGUGAAAUAUGCUAACAGCAGCCCUUAACUUUUACUGGUACUUCAUAUGAAUUCAAGUGUAUGCUGUGUUUGUUUUUUGGAUACAUAUUUAGGAAAUGUACAUUAUAAUUUUGGGGAGAAAAGGGGCUCAUAUGCCACAAUAAAUCCAUACAUUGUCUAGUAUUGUUAGAUUUAUAAAUGCCUGGACUGCAGUCAGUGUGGCAAAGUAUCCCAGCUGUUUGUGCCAUCUCAUACUUGACAGAUUUAAGCCAGCUGUGAUUUUAGUUGUAUUUUGGCUGCUGGAAAGGUUAGCGAUCAACAGCUGCAACCAGAAAAAAAAAAGAAAACGGUCUCCACACCAGCAACACGCAGUUCAUCAUUAUUAAAGCCAACUGGCACAUUUUAGUUUGUGUACCAUGGCCAACAUUUCUGUUUUGUUACACUAAGCUAUUGUAUGCCUGGGCCAGUUGUGCAAAAAGUAUAACUAUUGUUUGUACUGUUAUAGUCCAUUGAGUAUGCAGUUUGAAUCUAGCUUGGCUCCUGUUAUGUGUGUUGCUAUUUGCUUCCUGUCUGCAAAGAGAAUACCAGAAUGCAAAAUAUAUAUAUAUAUAUAUAUAUAUAUAUAUAUAUAUAUAUAUAUAUAUAUAUAUAUAUAUAUAUAUAUAUAUAUAUAUAUAUAUUGCUCUCUAGGCAAUAUGGUGGGGCUGUAGACUACUUCAUAGUAGAUUUUAUUGGAAAGAAACGUUUUUUGUCUUGCAAAGGCAAUGUUUUAUCAGUUAUCUGAACCAUUAAAAAAAAAAAGUCAAGGGUUAGUGCUUUGAAAGAAAGUUAUGCUAAUGUUCUGCAGUGUGGUGUGCUUUUUUAUUUUGUUUUCCUCCCAGCACUACAGGUCUGUUAUAUGUUUGGACUAUUACGCUUGUGUAAUCUAGAAUUUCAUAUCAAGUCCCACAUUUGCUUUUUAAAUAUUUCAGCAUCAGUAGUCCACUGAUACACCAUAAUACGUAUUGUGAAGGUUGCAGCUAGUUGUACACAUUGCCCAUGCUUGUGAGUGUAAUGCAGUGUAAAAAGGCACCAGCUGACUAACGAUGCAUACCAUUAUCUAUCAGCUAGCUGUGGUUGGAGUGUUUUUUUCCUAUGUAUCAUGAGGACACAUUACGCUAACAGCAGCGGAUAAUCGGGGAUUCUUUAAAGAGAAAGCUAACAGCAGUAACAAUUGUAAACGGAGGGUUCAUUUUGAGGGCUUAUGUUUUUGUUGUCUGUCUUCUUCCAUUAAGACUGGAAUCAAGCUUACAUGUAAACUAUUGGUAAUUUAAGUUUCUUUUUGUGUCAUGAUGUAAACUGUCUAAUUUGAAAAAAAAAAUGUAGCUUAUUGAAAAAAAUAAAGAUUUAGGCACUGUUAAAGAA